AUGGUUAACUAUUGGAUUCCUCACUUCCUGCGACGGGACUAUACCUGGCCCCAGCCGAUGUCGCCAACGAUCGCGAAGAUAACUCCCCCCGUGCCAUCGAUUCCCGGAAGGACCUCCAGAAGACUCUGGGGCAUCGUUCACGGCGCGCUGAAACACCUCUCACAGUGGUAUUGUGAUUGGCUCGGCAUAGUCGAUCCCUUUAUUAUGCAUCUGCCCUUCGGCCUGGUCUUGAAGUGGACGAAUCGAACGAGUCUCGAGGAGGUCGCUUCAAUGAAAAUGGCCCGCGCCGCUGGGAUGCCCGUACCCAAGGUCAUAUCUUGCGGGGAGCACCCAAAUUCUUCCCCGUUCCUUUACUCGAUUUUAAUGACUCGUUUACCUGGCAUUGAACUUGUGAAUAUGAGUGAACCCCUGCAAGUAGAAGCAGAAGAACCAUGGCUUUUUGAGCUCAAAGAAUGCGUCGAUGCCAUGCGACAAUGGACGCCGCCUGAUCCUCACCGCAUAUCUUCAGUUAUCGGGACCUCAAUCCGGAGCACAAGAGUGCCAUUCCACAUCAUGGGCCCAUUCGCUACCGAGAUCGAACUCCACGAUUUCCUGUUAAGCCCGGUCAGUGGACACGGCAUUAAAUCCACAGAUGAAUAUCUACAAAAAAUUAAGCAUGCAAACGAAAUCCGCCAAUAUCCACACCUGGUGACAUUCACUCACGGCGAUCUCAAGGCACAUAAUAUUCUGGUUGGCGACGAUGGCCAUCUUUCUGGCUUCAUUGACUGGGAGUCUGGGGGCUGGUGUCCUGAGUACUGGGAAUUCACGACUGCUAUGAGAUUUCAACGGGAUAGCUGGUGA